UCUCUAGAUUGGGUGUGUUGCGAGGCUACAUUUGUUUACGCUGCGCUAAUCGCCCUAGAAAAGUGCCUUUUUCAUAGCUCCAAUUGUGCGAUCAACCUAUUUGAAUCCAGGCAGCCAUCCUUGAGCCACACACACACACACCAUGCGCGAACUGAACAAGCAGCAAUCGCAGGACACCACCGAUGCGGGCAUCGAGAAGGGCGACUAUCCGCGGGCCACCAAUGGUGUGGUCUUCGGCGCCAUUGUCACCUUUGCCAGCUUCUUUGUCCUGAUGAUGUCCUUUUGCUCGCCGUACUGGAUUGAGUCGUACGAGGAGACGCGCAGCAGCUUCAAGAAUAUGGGACUGUGGCAGUAUUGCUUCAAGGAUUUCGUAUAUCCCAAGUUUCCGUUUUACAAGCAAUACACCGGCUGUCAUAAUGUCUUCUCGCAUGACUACUAUAUUAUCCGUGCCUACCUGUUGCCCGGCUGGCUAAUGGCCGUUCAGGGUUUUGUCACCAUGUCCUUUAUCAUUGUGUUUUGUGUGCUGGCCCUGCUGUCGCUGACCAUCAUCCGGCUGCCGCUGAAGCCGGUGCUUCAGUACGAAUGGCUGCUUGUACGCCUCUCCUACAUAGGAACGGCCGUGUCCUCUCUGUUCAUGUUCUUGGCCGUUUGCAUCUUUGGGGGCUGUGCCUAUCGCCGCGACUGGCUCAUGUAUCCCAAGUUUAAUGUUUUGGGCUGGUCAUAUGCCUUGGCCGUGGUGACCUUUAUGCUGCUGGGCCUGGCCGCCUUGAUUUUGCAGCGCGAGGCACGUCAGGCCUUUGAGGCGCGCGGCGAACAAAAGAAUUUGGUAAUGCAGAUGGAAAUGCAGGAGCCGGGCUAUCAGCCGCCGCGUCAUCAUCACAGCCAGUCGCGCAGCCUGCAGGGGUACAUAUAAAAGCAACUGGUAGCCGCUGCUUCAAAGCAUUCCACAAUACGUAGCCUAAGUUUUAACCCAAAAAGCAAUCUCCCUCAACCAUAAAAAAGUGCCUUCUUCCCUCCAAUAUUACAUCAAAUAUUUCCAUUUUACACUUGAAGAAACUACGUGUACCGAUCCGUCCAAGGUAUGGCUUUACCUUUUUUAUAUAUUUCGAAACUGAAAAACGAAUCUAAUUUAAUUUAAGACAAAAAUUAUAUCAAAUUUUAUACACGAAAAAAUAUCAUAAUAUUAAGGAUAAAUCCUGGGCUUUUCCCUGGUUUCCCUUCUCACACAUUUUUAUAUAUUUCAAAAUUCGAGGUUUUAUUUUUGACCUAGGCUCAAAAAAGUAACAACAACUUUAAGCUUUUCUAUCAAAUUUGUACACAAUACAAUUAUUUAAUAUGGAAAUUAUUAAACUGAACUGCAUUUUCGCGUUCCAAAAACUUCAA